AUGGAUAUUUUGGUCACUUUUGUUUAUGGUCUCAACACUAUGGAUGAGAGAUUGGAGAUGUGGAGGGGUCUUUCUUGUAUUCAUGUUCUGAACAAGCCUUGGUUGAUUGUGGGAGAUUUUAAUGCUAUGUUUAAUUUCGAUGAUAGAGCGGGAGGCAGGACAAUAAGUGCUGUUGAGAUUCUUGAUUCUAAUGCUUGGCUUGCCCAUUCUCAGUUGGCUUCACUCAAGAGAAUUGGUUCUAAUUUCACCUGGUCCAAUAAGCAGGAUGGAGGGGAUAGGGUUUACUCGAAAAUUGAUCAUGUGUUCAUUAAUGAAGAUUGGAUAGAUGCAUUGCCUUACUCUAUUGCAGACUUCCAAUGGGAUGCCCAUUUGGAUCACUGUUAUUGCCUCAUCAAAACUCUCAAACUUGGUAAUCUAGGCAUUAAGCCAUUUCGGUUCUUUAAUUUCUGGAUUACUCACAGGGGGUUUAAGGAGGUGGUUUUAGAUAGUUGGAAUAAACCUAUGGUAAUGAGGGGUCUGCUGGGUGUGACUAAAAAGCUGCUUUGGGUAAAGCAUAUUUUGAAAGCUUUUAAUAGGGAGGAAAUUGGAGAUGUUGAGCAGGGAUAUCAUCAAGCAAAAGAUAUUGCUGCUCAGAAGGCCGAAAAAAUAGCAACAGUUCGAUAUCAAGAUCACUCUGCUAGGUACAUAAGUUUUUUGAUCCAACGAAGCAAAAUUACUUGGUUGCAGAAGGGUGAUGAUAAUAACUCAUACUUUCAUACGUGCAUUAAAAAAAUAAGGGAGGAGAACUGUAUUGUUUCCUUUCUGAAUGAGCAGGGGGUCGUUAUUGAUGAUUACAACGAAGUGGUUCAUCAUUUCUUGGACCAUUUCAGAGGUUAUAUGGGAAGCUCUAGUUCAGCCAAUGGUUCUUUUAAUUCUCAGUGUAUAGAGCUGGGUCAUUUUCUGGAUAUUGAGAUGCAGCUGAGUUUGACUAAGGAAUUUAGGAAAUCUGAUGUCAAGAAGGCUCUCUUUAGCAUUCCGAGCACAAAAAGUCCAGGGUUGGAUGGAUAUGGUUAUGAGUUUUACAAGGGAAUGUGGCAGAAUAUAGGGGAUGACAUAUCAGAGGCUAUCCUUGAGUUCUUUCAUUAUGGGCAGCUCCUUGCAAAGCUUAAUGAAACAGCUCUUGCUCUGGUCCCUAAAACUGAAAUGCCUAGUAGGGCGGUUGACUACAGGCCCAUAGCGUGCUGCAACACUUUAUAUAAGUGCAUUUAA